UGUUGCGCCUGAACAUCACACGUACUCCGGUCUGAUGUUACAAGGCUUUUUUUGUCUUUCUGCAUCCUAACCUGUUGCCGCUCCUCUAGCCCUCCCACUCUCUGUCCAUUUGCAUGUCCACCCUUUACCAGGCCAGCUGCUGCUGCCCUUUUCUUUCUUCAUGAUGAAUUCUAAUCAUCACUUUCAAAGGAAAGCGUCUCCAAGGCUCCUUUAUCAACUGCUCGUACUGGGAGGAGGGAGGCAACUGUCCGACACCCACUCAGGCUGCUCCUCUCACCACUUCUGAUCUGCAGACCGGGAGCACUUCCUAUUUGUAACCUGCCUCUUUGAGUUUGGAGGAAGCAAGAUAUGGAAGAAGAAGCUCUGCGCUGAUGCCAUGAGGUUGAUUCUGGUUAAACCCACCAACGCAACGCGACGCCUCGACUCGACAGGUGAAGUCUUCCCCAACGGGGACCAUGAGCAUUGCACCUCGGGCGGUCUGCCCCCUCCGACAAGAACCCCUGAGCACGAUCAGUACUCUGGAACCCCAGUCGAGGCAUCUUCAUCCCCACAGGAGACAAGUCUGUGCUGCGUAGCACCUUCACCCCAUGAAAAAUCAAAUGGAAUCAAUCAAGUUUCAAACCAGAUGUCGCCGCUGAAAACUCGGAACCUAACCUUAUCCCAGCUGAGCGAUCAGGAGUGGCUGCUGCUUUGUGGCCAGGUCAGCAGCGUAGGAGAUGAUUCGCCCUCGGCAGAGAGAGGAGGAACCAGCGGGGGCCAUCCAAACCACAACGACAGAUGUGGAUGUUCCUGUCCUGACGCACACCAGCAUCCACAGACUUUUCAACCGGCAUCAUCACUUGGCACAGUGCAGGACCGUCCCUCCAGAGUCUCAAGUAAGAGAAGACUUUCAUGCUCACCACAUACCCAGUCUUUCUCUCAGAGCAGCCAAGGUUCAACCUCAUGCCAGGUUUUACCACAGCAAACCAACCAAAGGGAUCUUUUCAAACCUGCAACAAACCAACCGCAUGACAAUUUCAUGCCUCAGUGCAGUGACCAUGACGGUCAGAAGGAGCUUUCGCAGCGGCAGCACCCUUGCAAUCAUUUCAAACUCAAGGACAGCAGCCAAGCAACCUGCCCCAAUUUGUUCAACAUUCCUCUAAACUCAGUUGAGUGUGCUGAGUCGAAUCAGAUACUUCACCAGCGGCCUCAGCCUGCCGUCACUGCAGACCUCAAGUGGAGAGAGAUCUUUGGUAAAGAACCACUGUUGGUUCAACAGCGUCAAAAUCGAGACUCACGUGGCUCCAUGACUGGUGAUCAGGCCUGUAAAUCACCUGGGGAUCCCUCGAUCAUCCUCAAGUGUCGUCACCUCCCUUACAACCUCCUGACCAGUACUGCACGCAUGAAGAGGUCAUCCACUCCAGACAAAAGUGUCCAGUCCUUCUCCAUCAGCCAGUACAGUUCACUUGAGAACCAGGAUUUAGUCGAGGAGAGAGCUAAACAGGGACAAAGUCAGACAUCCUCUGAACUCCUCGGUGGGUCCAAAGUCUCCCUCUCUAAACAUUCUCCCCCGCCAGCGGACAACUUAGAAACCAGUGGCUCAGUUAACGGGGAUGCAGUGCGACCGCUGAGCAGCUACGGCGCUCUGAGAUCCAGUCUCGCAGAUCUUCCCUCGGGCCAACAGCCUCUUCAGCUUCUUAACAGUGCCAUCCUCGAGGACGCCUUCUCCAAAGUCCUCAGAGAAGACUCCAGUAAGGCCAACAGCGACAACCUGAGCAGGGAGGAGGGCAGCGCACCACAGAAGAGGACCAAGGACCUGAGCUACCGGCUGGGCCAAAGGAGAACUCUCUUUGGGAAGCGUAAACAACUGAGUGACUACGCGUUGGUCUUUGGGAUGUUAGGCAUUAUCGUCAUGGUGAUCGAGACAGAGCUUUCCAGGGGAUUUUACAGCAAGGAAUCCAUAUACUCAUAUGUCAUGAAAGGCCUAAUCAGUCUUUCUACUGCUAUUCUCCUUGGACUCAUUGUGAUGUACCAUGCGAGGGAAAUCCAGCUCUUCAUGGUGGACAACGGGGCAGACGAUUGGAGGAUAGCUAUAACCUUUGAGCGGGUUCUCAUUGUCAUGUUGGAGCUUCUGGUCUGUGCCAUCCAUCCAAUCCCGGGCCGGUAUAUGUUCACCUGGACGGCUCGACUGGCCGUCAGUUACACGGCAUCAGUAGCCGACGCUGACGUGGACAUCCUCCUCUCCGUGCCCAUGUUCCUGCGCCUCUACCUGAUAGGCCGGGUCAUGCUGCUCCACAGCAAACUGUUCACGGACGCCACCUCCCGCAGCAUCGGGGCCCUCAACAAGAUCAGCUUCGACACUCGUUUUGUGAUGAAGACCCUGAUGACCAUUUGCCCCGGCACAGUCCUGCUGGUGUUCAGUGUGACCUGUUGGAUCAUUGCAGCGUGGACCGUGCGCCUGUGUGAGAGGUAUCAUGAUGCACAGGAGGUAACUAGUACCUUUCUUGGAGCAAUGUGGCUGAUCUCCAUCACCUUCCUGUCCAUCGGCUACGGAGACAUGGUCCCUCACACCUACUGUGGAAAAGGUGUUUGCCUAUUAACAGGAAUUAUGGGAGCGGGCUGUACUGCUUUAGUUGUUGCUGUUGUUGCGAGGAAGUCCGAACUCACCAGAGCCGAAAAGCACGUCCAUAAUUUCAUGAUGGACACUCAACUCUACAAAAAGAUAAAAAACACAGCAGCCAACGUGUUGAGGGAGACGUGGCUCAUCUACAAAAACACUAAGCUGGUGAAGAAGAUCGAUCACGCCAGAGUACGCCACCAUCAGCGAAAAUUCCUGCAAGCCAUCCACCAACUGCGAAGAGUCAAAAUGGAGCAAAGGAAAUUAACUGACCAGGCCAAUACAGUCGCUGACCUUGCCAAGACUCAGAACAUGAUGUAUGAUCUGGUGUCGGAGCUGCAGCAUCGGAGCGAGGAGCUGGACGGGAGGAUCGUAGCUCUGGAGGCGAAACUUGACUCCAUCCUCCUCAGCGUGCAGUCGCUGCCGAUCGUGCUUUCUCAAGCAAUAACAAAGCUACAGAGGGAUUUCCUGGACAACUUGGCUUGUCGUGUCCACUUCCUGUCGUCCUCCCUGAGCUCUGAGUGCUGUCCCGUCCCUGCCAGGCAGCUCUGUCCGGGAUCCACCCCUCCAGAGACACCGUACAGCCAAUAGACCUCGACAUCCUUUUGUUGUGCUGGGAUGAAUUUCCACAACCUUCAGCAUUGGGAGUUACAGCUAUAGAGUCAAGUCUGGAGGAAGGGAUGGACAUCAUUUCUUAGUGUCCUCUGCUCCAAGUUGUUGGUUCAGGAACCAGGUUUCCUCCUGUUUGUGAGCAAAUUGUGAGCAAUUUUCAUGGAGCUCAUGAAAAACACUUUUACAAAUGCAUAUAUAAAACAUGAACAAAUAUUCAUUAUUGAUUGAUUUACAGACAACCCCUACACCUUAAAACAGUUUGCCUGAAGGUGAAACAUCCAUUUAACACAAUCCAUUCAUUUUCUCCCAUCCCUUAUAUUAGACUUUUGUUAGACUGUGUUCCACUACUUUUAAUAAAUGUUAUUGUAUAGGCCUGUCUAUAUAUCUCAGUGGUAUCAUCAGUCUUUAAGUUGUAAACAUGAAAAUGUUCUAAAGAAUAGAAAAACUUUAAUAUAAAUAUUUAUUCAUCUUUAUUCUUUUGAGAACCAUUUUUACAGUAUAGUUCUGAAACCUUGAUUCGUGUCAUUGGCCGUAGCCAACACAACAUUAUUAUCAUGGGUUUUAGACAUUAAAGAGACAUGUAUCUAGACAUUGCAUUAAUUAAAUAGUUCUGAU